AGUCGGAGCGGUGGAUGCUGGGAGCUAGUCCUGGAGGUCAGACUUAGAUCCAAAAUGUCGGUAGCGGGUCUGUCGUCAUUGAGCCGCUGUGGUGUUUUAGCUUUUCGUUCCCACCCGGCACUUGUGGCAGUCCGGUGGGCUCAGACAGCAGCUGUCCCUGCACCUCAGCCAAGAAUAAAGAAGUUUCAGAUUUACAGAUGGGACCCAGACACUCCAGGAGACAAACCCCGCAUGCAGACAUACGAGAUUGACCUCAACACAUGUGGCCCAAUGGUUCUUGAUGCCCUUAUCAAAAUUAAAAAUGAGAUGGACUCAACUCUAACCUUCCGCCGCUCCUGCAGAGAAGGUAUUUGUGGAUCUUGUGCAAUGAACAUCAAUGGUGGAAACACACUUGCUUGUCUGAAUAAAAUUGAUACAAAUUUAAGCAAGCCAUCAAAGAUUUACCCCCUGCCACAUAUGUAUGUGGUCAAAGAUCUUGUUCCUGAUAUGAGUAACUUCUACGCUCAGUACAAGUCCAUUGAACCAUAUCUAAAGAAAAAGGAUGAGACCAAAGAAGGGAAAGAUCAGUACUAUCAGUCUGUUGAAGACCGACAGAAGCUGGAUGGUCUGUAUGAAUGCAUCCUGUGUGCCUGCUGUAGUACAAGUUGCCCCAGUUACUGGUGGAACGGUGACAAAUACCUGGGCCCAGCUGUGCUCAUGCAGGCGUAUCGUUGGAUGAUCGACUCAAGAGAUGAGUUUACAGAAGAACGUCUUUCCAAGCUGCAGGAUCCCUUCUCCCUCUAUCGCUGUCACACGAUUAUGAACUGCACCAAGACCUGCCCCAAGGGCUUGAAUCCUGGCAAAGCAAUUGCAGAGAUCAAGAAGAUGAUGGCUACAUACAAAGACAAGAAAGCAGUUGCAGCUUGAACGCUCGGAUGCCUUCUUCAUUGUUUCCCUCCAUAAUUCAAUUACUUUUUGAUUCAAAUUCUUGUUGAGGUCUAUUGCACCAUUACAGCACACUCUAACAGAUGUCUGUGAGGAGUUGGCGAAAUAAAUACGCACAUGUACAGCCUGAA